ACGUAUCAGAAACAAUCACGAGGGAAUGUGAUGGCUUUGAGAAUGAACGUGGUUCAGUUGUCCAGAAUCAGAAGCAACCGCCCCCUCUCUUUCUUCUCCGUUCGAGCCUCCGCCACCUGCGACGACCGUCCCCGUGGACCUUCCUGCAUAUACGUUGGCCCCCUCCACUCCGCCAGCAAAGAGACCCUUGAAGCUCUUUACUCUCAAGCACGGGAUGCAUAUUACAGUGGAGAGCCUUUGAUAGUUGAUGACAUGUUCGAUAGAGUAGAGUUGAAGCUUAAGUGGUAUGGUUCUAAGUCAGUCGUCAAGUAUCCUCGAUGCAGUAUCAGGAGGCAAUCAACAUAUUCUGAUGCUGAGGAAGAUCUGUCCAUGGCUUUAGCAUUGGCAUGCACAUGGUCCCUAUUUCUUGCACUUGGCUGUUCAGCAUGUGUUGGGCCCAUAUUGUACUCCCAUAAAAAUGCAUUCGAUUCAGGAUUAUCAUAUGGUAGCCGGGCAUCAGGACUAGGGCUUCUUUUUAUGGUGAAUAGCAUUAUCUUCAUGGUGCUGGGUUUGCUCAUUGGGUACCCAGUUGCUUCAGCUUCAGUGAAGGUGCUUCAAGGCCUGUGGAGGAAUGACUUGGUGGCACUAAAGGGUUCAUGUCCAAAUUGUGGAGAAGAGGUAUUUGCAUUUGUGAGAACAGACAAGGCUAAUAAUAACUCACCACAUAGAUCAGAUUGUCAUGUAUGUGAAUGCUUAUUGGAAUUUCGCACCAAAGUUGAGAAGCAAUCGGUUUCAAGAUUAGGUAGACAAUGGGUGUACGGUCGUAUUUACCUUGUUCGCAGAUCCAGACGCCAGAGGGAGCUUUAGACUUUCUUCCCAAUGUGUAGCUUACACACGACUGUGAAUUGUAGGUAGUAAGGAACAGAAGAAAAACCAAUUUCUGUUUAGUUCCAAUUCUUAGGCCGAAAAGUUGUCAGAAAUCAAGAACCAACUUGUAACACUUUUCGGACGGAAUUAAUUUUAAUUUGCACAACAGGCAUCAAAUCAAACAAGAUCUUUUAAAAUGUCGCCGAAGUUCGGAAAUAUAGCAA